AACACACCCACAAUUUCCACUCUCUGACGCCAUGGUUAAUUCCUCUUGUGGUUCUGUCUGCUCUGACCAGGGCUGUGGCCACGGCCUCUGCCAGGAGACCUGCUGCUGCCCCUCCAGCUGUGGUUCCNGUGGCUCCAGCUGCUGCAGGCCCAGCUGCUGCAUCUCUAGCUGCUGCCGCCCCACCUGCUGCCAGACCACCUGCUGCAGGACCACCUGCUGCCGCCCCAGCUGCUGUGUGUCCAGCUGCUGCCGCCCCUCCUGCGGUGGCUCCAGCUGCUGUGGGUCCAGCUGCUGCAGGCCCAGCUGCUGCAUCUCUAGCUGCUGCCGCCCUACCUGCUGCCAGACUACCUGCUGCAGGACCACCUGCUGCCGCCCCAGCUGCUGUGUGUCCAGCUGCUGCCGCCCCUCCUGCGGUGGCUCCAGCUGCUGUGGCUCCAGCUGCUGCAGGCCCAGCUGCUGCAUCUCUAGCUGCUGCCGCCCCACCUGCUGCCAGACCACCUGCUGCAGGACCACCUGCUGCCGCCCCAGCUGCUGUGUGUCCAGCUGCUGCCACCCCUCCUGCGGAGGCUCCAGCUGCUGUGGCUCCAGCUGCUGCCGCCCCUCCUGCUGCAUCUCUAGCUGCUGCCGCCCCUCCUGCGGUGGUUCCAGCUGCUGUGGCUCCAGCUGCUGCCAGCCCUCCUGCUGCUGCCCCUCCUGCUGCCUGCGCCCAGUCUGUGGCCGGGUCUCCUGCCACACCACCUGCUACCGCCCCACUUGUGUCAUCUCCACCUGCCCCCGCCCCGUGUGCUGUGCCUCCUCUUGCUGCUGAGACCUUUCCCUGAACCCAGCCUCUUCCCUUCAUUGGGUUCAUCACAGCAGCAGACUCUAUACACCAUAUGAAUGCCUUAGGGGUGGCCAUUCCCAACAACUGUGUGUCCACAUCCCAGCCUCAGGCCAAACUCUCACCUUUGUUGACUUUUCCCCCAAGUGGACACAGAGUAUGGAAUUAGGUAGUAUUCAUAGCAAGAAAUGACUAGAAUUGCCCAAAUUCUACAUGUGACCUUUUGAUUUCUGGGUGCGAAGUCACCCUGUUCCAAACACAGAAAUUCCUGCAGGGUCCUCAGGGGCACUGCUGUCACAGGGUCAGAUCCAAAAGUCUGUAUUUCCUUUUACAGGAGGAUUUCUGUAUCUUUUUGCUGCUUCUGAAUAAAGUUCCACCUUCCUGGCCUAAAAAUACAAUGUUCUUGUGUCUGUUGCUUUGCAGUGAUUGUCCUCAUUUGCUGGGAAAUUAAAGCCAACAUGCCACUGAAUCAGGCUUCCUAGUCCCUGUUCUUACCUUCAGGAAAAUU